CUCCUCAUGCUCUCCCCCCGCCGCCGGCUACCAUUAUCACUCAUCCAUCGCAUUCGUUUCGAUCUCGGCCUCCCGCCUGACUUCGCAAGAAGCCUGUUGCCUCUCUUUCCGGAUUACUUCCAGCUCAUUCCGUCGUCUCCUUCUGAUUCUACCCUCAGCGUUGAGCUCGUAUGCUACAUUUCUGACCUGGCGCAGUCCGCCAUGGAGCGCUACGCUGCAAAGACGGGCGGGUACAAGAAAGGCGCCCCGCUUGCGUUCCCGCUGAAAUUUUCGAGGGGUUUUGAGAUGGAGAAGAAGGUGAGGAAGUGGGUUGAGGAGUGGCAAAGAUUGCCUUAUGUGUCUCCGUAUGAAGAUGGGUCGAGGUUGCCGCCGAAGAGCGAUGUCUGGGAGAAGUGGGCGGUGGGGUUGGUUCAUGAGAUUUUGAGUUUGGUGAUUGGGAGGAAGAUGGAGAAGGGGAACUUGGAGAUGGUGGUGGGUUGUUUGGGGUUGAAUCCGGCGAGGUUUAGGAGGUUGGUUAUGAAUCAUGCAGGGGUGUUUUAUGUGUCGAAUAAGAUUAGGAGGCAGACCGUGGUGUUGAGGGAGGGGUAUAGGAGGGAUUUGCUUUUGGAGAAACAUCCUCUGAUGGGUUUGAGGUACCAGUAUAUACAUCUUAUGAGGAAGGGGAAGGAGGAGAGCGGGAAGAAGAAGGGGAAGGGCAAGAAGAAAGGGGGGAGGAGGUCAGUGGGUGAGGCUGAUGAUGAGGUGGGUGAAGAUGAAGACGGUGAUGAUGAUGAGGAUGAGGAUGAAGAGGAAGGUGAUGAUUAUUCAGAGGAAUUUGACAGCGAGGAUGAGGAGAGUGAUGAUGAGGACGAGGAUGAGGGUUAUGAUGGUAGCCGGGAGAGGGUAAUGGAAGGACGUAGAGGUGUUCGAGUGGAAAACAUUGAGCCGAGGAGAUCUUUAGUGAAAGAGAGUCGAGGUAUGAAUGGGAGGAGACAUGAGGGACAAAGGAAGAAUGAUGGGGAAGGAAGAUCAUAUGGAAGGGGUAACAAUUUUGCUCAAGGGAAACAGAGGGUGAACCUUAGGAAUAUGGUUUCUACAUGACUUUGGCAAGUGAUGGUAGAAUGCUUUAGUCACCACUUGGGUGUUUAGAUAAUGGUCAAACAGAUCCAUCAGCACAAAGGUGUUUCAAAAUCCAGGAGUGCGGCUAUAUGGCUAAUCUAUGGGGGAAGACUCCCACCGUGUGAUCUGAGAGGGAACACAACGCGGCGCCCUUUGCUGAUGUUAUCCAAAGUCUACUAAAAUUGGGAUGUUUUUGGUUUUCAUUGUAGAAAAAUAUUUUGAUUGAAAUAAUUAUAUUAAUGAUAUUUUUGCUGCAUAAUUGAAGACAUGCUUUUCUCACCGUCA